GGUGAAAGGUAUCCGGUUGUGAUUGUGUAUGGUACUUCAAUGGACUGCCGUCUGUGAGCAGAGGUUUAUAUUAGAAGAAUGAUGAAUGUAAACAAGUUUGUCGUCUUGUCUAAAUCUGUUCAAAUCGGGAAGCGAAUGCUCGCCUGCAGCGUGAGGCAUGCUGGGAGAGAGGUGCAGCGUUUCCAGCAGCGGAGGAGCAUUAAAACUCACUCCAGGAACCUCGCCUAUGCUAAGGAUCUGUUCCUCGGUCAGGUGAACAAGGCUGAGGUCUUCCCUUAUCCAGAAAUUGGAAAUGAAGAAGUGGAAGAGAUCAAUCAGCUUGUUGCACCUGUGGAAAAAUUCUUCAAUGAGGAAGUUGACUCAGCAAAGAUUGACCAAGAGGCCAAAAUCCCUGUGGAGACUCUGAAUGGGUUAAAGGAGCUCGGGCUGUUUGGAAUCAUGGUUCCUGAGGAGUAUGGGGGUCUCGGACUGUCCAACACUAUGUACGCACGACUGGCAGAGAUCAUCUCAUUAGACGGCUCUAUUGCUGUAACAUUGGCUGCACAUCAAGCCAUUGGACUGAAGGGGAUUCUGAUCGCAGGGAAUGAAGCCCAGAAGCAGAAGUAUCUGCCCAAACUGGCCUCAGGGGAACACAUUGCAGCUUUCUGUCUGACCGAGCCUGGGAGUGGAAGUGAUGCAGCCUCCAUUCAGACCCGUGCAACCUUGUCAGAAGACGGGAAACAUUACCUGCUCAACGGCUCCAAGUUUUGGAUUUCAAACGGAGGGUUUGCAGAUAUUAUGACGGUGUUUGCCAGGACGGAGGUGACUGUAGAUGGCGAGAAGAAAGAUAAGAUUUCAGCCUUUAUUGUGGAGAGGGCUUUUGGCGGCAUCACCAGCGGGAAGCCUGAGGACAAACUGGGCAUCAGGGGCUCCAACACUUGUGAAGUGUCGUUCGACAACGUCCCAGUGCCUCUGGAGAAUGUAAUAGGAGAAAUAGGUGGUGGAUUUAAGAUUGCCAUGAACAUCCUGAACUCAGGGAGGUUCAGUAUGGGGAGUUCUUCAGCUGGAAUGAUAAAGAAACUGAUAGCAUUGACGGCUGAGUACGCUGGGACCAGGAAGCAGUUUAACAAAAGCCUGAGUGAAUUUGGUAUGAUUCAGGAGAAGUUUGCUUUGAUGGCCCUUAAUGCCUUUGUGAUGGAGAGCAUGGCGUACCUGACAGCAGGGAUGAUGGACAGGCCGGGGCUUCCAGACUGUUCGAUAGAGGCCGCCAUGGUCAAGGUGUUCAGCUCAGAGGGAGGCUGGAUUUGUGUCAGCGAAGCUCUUCAGGUCCUCGGAGGUCUGGGUUAUACAAAGAAUUACCCCUAUGAGCGCUAUGUCAGGGACUGUCGCAUCCUGCCCAUCUUUGAGGGGACCAAUGAAAUCCUGAGGAUGUACAUUGCUCUGACUGGAAUGCAAUAUGCUGGCAAAGUCCUCACGGGGAAAAUAAAGGAGAUGAAGAAAGGGAACAUAGGUCUUGCUUUGGGCAUGGUGGGCAAGAAACUGAAGUUCUCAUUUGGUGGUUCAACAGACCUUGGCCUGACGGGAAAAGACGGCGUAGUGCAUCCUGCCUUGGCAGAAAGUGCGAAGAAGUUUGAGGAGAAUGUCAGCUUUUUUGGAAUGACUGUGGAGAACCUACUGUACAGAUUUGGAAAGACCAUAGUGGACGAACAGCUCGUCCUGAAGAGAGUCGCAGAUGUGCUGAUCAACCUCUACGCCAUGACAGCUGUCCUGUCCAGAGCCAGCCGCUCCAUCAGCAUCGGCCUCAGGAAUCAUGACCAUGAGGUGCUGCUCGCAAACACAUUCUGCGGCGAGGCUUACUUCAAGAACAAUUACAUGCUGACUCAGUUGCAAAAACACUCUCCUGAGAACAACGAUGCCAACAUCAAGAAGAUCGCCAGGGAGGUCUUAGAGAAAAGAGCCUACAUCUGCUCUCAUCCUCUUGAAAGAACAUACUGAGCUCUCCCAUGUGACCGCAGCACUGUGUCUCAUGGUUGGACAGUGUGAGCGAGACAGUUCACACUCAGUGAUCUGCAUUUACUCUUUUAUCAGUCCUUUUUUUAGUUGGACAUUAUUUCAACAUUAAAUUAAGAGAUUUAUUUUAAUAGUUACUAUGUGUUAUUAACCAUGACUUCAAAUAUAAAACCUGAAAUCUUUGGAUAAUGGCUGUUCUAUUCUAAUGGCGAUUAAAUUCUACCCAAAGUGCUUUUUGACUUUAGUGCUACAGUUAAUCAUUGCACAACAUGCUAGUUUUAAUGCUUUUAAUGAGCCUAUUUGGUAUGAAAGGUAUGGUUUUUGUGGGUUCUUGCCUCUGAAGUAUUCCUGAAACGCUGGACAGCUGAUGUGAAGAUACGCUUCUCCUUGUCUGUGAGAGGCAGGGCGGUCCGCUUGUACAGGAAAGAACGCUGCCUACUGAAUCCUCUAUAAGAAGCAACAGAACUUUGAGACAAAAACCUUUUCAUAUUUUGCAUCAGUAUUUGCUAAGUUUCUUUUUUUUUCUUCUUAAUAAAAGUUCUAACUUGAGCUUA